UUCAACGAUAUCGACGUUGCAUCCCUGCGUUGCCGCAAGUGGCGGCGAUGCUACCGAAACGUACACUAGUGCUUUUCGAAGCUGUAUACCUGCAUUUUUUGCCGAGUUCUUCGACCGGUCGCGACAAGCGCUAGCUUGGCGCGCCUUGUCGCAAUUUUCGUCGCAUAUUUCGCGUGAAAACGUGUGACAAACAGCACCGAGCAUGAAAAACGGGCAAAUAUAUGUCCGCGGCACACAAGCGGCAUGGAAACAACACUUUUUCGCGUUGUACGUUGUUGGCGAGCCGGUCUUCCUGCUAGCGUCGCGCGGGCUGAUAAGCGAUCGGGCGGGUGGUGCUAUGCGGCGUUCAAAUAUUUGAAUUUGAACGUUCGAACGUUUGAAAAAAGAAAAGCUUGCCCGACGGUGGCCCGGGCAUGUCGGGCGCACUCGGGUCUGAAUCACGCUAUUCGCUACGUGCGACAAUAGAGGAAACUAGAGCGGAAGAAAUUGCAACGCAAGCGACCAACCCUCGCUUGUAUGCCAGCGCGUCGUUGCCCGCCCCGACAUGUUCGGGCAAGAACGCUACGUAAAUAGCGUUGUCUCGCACCGCCGGCCGGUUAACGAUCUCGUCACACUUCGUCCGGAGCGCGUCGCCGGCACCCACGGUUAGAGCUCGUCGUCGCAAAAGUAGUAAAGCAUGAGCCGUGUGUCGAUUGAACAGCUCUUCAUACCAAAGGAUGGACUCAUGGAGUGCCUUAAAACAGUGGGGGCUAAGCCGGGGCCCUUUACUUUCCCACAGAUAAUAGACCUUUUGAAAGCGUAUGUCAUGGAGCGGAGGCUCACUGAUGCCAAGUUGCCAACCAUGAUCGUCUGUGGCCAGGACCCACUGGGCAAGGUGUUUGGUGUGGAACGUUUUCUAGUCAACGAAGUCAUCGGUCUUCUAGUCAAACAAAUGUAUGCUGUACCAACGCAGCAUGUAAUAUCUCAAGGAACUUUAAAGCGGGAACUCCAGUCGGGCGACAACGGCACCAGCGAUGCACUGGUCAUCAAGCGUGCGCGCCUGGACUCAGAUUUGCCGAGUGGCGCAAGUGCAUCGUGCGCGUCGUCCCCUGUGCGCCUGUACAUACCACCGUCUCCGUGCUACGACAGUGGCCCAGAGACGGAAUACAGCUAUCAGGGCCACGAGACGGAGUUCAUCAAGGACACGAGCGACGACCUCUGGUUCCUCGAGGAGUCCUCGUCGGACGGCGACUCGACCGACGACGAGGUUACCCAGCGGCGGCUCAUGCGGGUUGCAGCCCUGGCGGCCGACCUGCUACGGCGCGAGGAGGAAGGCGGCCACAUCGACGACGACUGCCCGUACGAGGUGGAGUACGAGAUCGAGGAGGAGGAGUCGGAUCACGUUGCCGGAAAGGCGGGCAGCAUCUCCUCCGACAGCGACAUUGAGGAGUUGGCCCAGGCAGAGAUCCUGAUCUGUGUCGAUGACGAUGAUGCGCAGUUUUGGGCCGACUCGUCGGACAGCUACUCCUCUGACUCCGAGAUCGGCGAUGCGGACCUGUGGCAGUGCCGGCUGUGUGGCACGCGGUGCGAGCCCCACGGUCUCUCGGCCGUGCAACGGUACUGCACCACCUGCUGGAAGGACCGCUUCGGAUGGCUGCCGGACCGGGAAGAGCGACACCCGCCGCAGAAGAAGCGCCGCCGGGUCCAGCGCCGUAACAGCAUCAGGGCAAGCAUUCGCCGCGUGUCGACCACACGAGGCAGCAGCGGCGUCAACUCGAACCGGCACCGGCUGAACAGCGCCGGUGAGGAAAGUCGGCCGGGGUCGUCCUGCAACGACAGCGUGAAGCUGCACUCGGAAGGAUCUGGCAGCGGCUCGAUCACCAAUGGUUCACAAGAGAGUCUCAGUGGUGGGAGCAUUUCAGAGGGGCUGUCGCACAUCGACGACGGCGACGAAGGAGACGGCUUCAGCGGGGCGACGACUGGUGCGAGCCAAGAGGCACCUGACGACUGGUCUCAGCCCGGUUGCAGUACAGAUAAGCAGGACGGUGAUUCACCGGUGCUCCGCAGUUCGGCCGUGGCGGACCCGUGCACCAUCUGCAUGGUGCGCCCCAAGUGUGGCAUUCUGGUGCAUGGUCGGACUAGUCACCGUCUCACCUGCUACAAGUGUGCGUUGCAGCUGCAGAAGCGAAAUCAGCCGUGCCCCGUGUGUCGACGUCGGAUCCAGCGUGUCGUGCGCAACUUCGAUGCCUGAUCCAGGUGUCGUCGUUUGUUGUGGUGCACUAGCUCGUCGGCUUGCUGGGGCAUUUAAGUCUUCCACUUGUGUGCAACAUGCCACAGAAGCUUGUGAAAAGUGCGCUACUUGGACACUUUGGUCAGGAACGCCUUUUGUGGUAAUUUUGCCAUUGCACACAACUUGUUUCCUCAUUGCGUUUUCUGACCGUUCUGUUUCCACACUUGGCAAACUGUCACACUGCAAAAUGCAACUGUGCAGCUGAAAAAUAUUUCCGGGAAUUUUUUUUUUUAAUUUGGUUACCACCCCAUUUUUUUUCAAUGAGUGUAACGUGGUGCAACUGCAAUUAACAUAAUUGCAUUUUUUUGUUUAGAAAGGCUUCCACACCUUUAAAUUUGUCGCUGCUACUGUUGGUUCAAAUAAAGAACCAAGUCUUGUUGUUUCAUCAUUAUUGAUUUCUGGAAGCUGGUCCCCCUUUAUACUAGUGCAGUUGAAUCCCACCACUAUGCAAUUUAUAACAUAUAUGAACAAAUUAUUGCAGAAGCAUUCUUAGUUGUUAAAUUUUCAUGUGAGCAUGUGAUGUGUGACCAGUAAUCUAAAAGGCAAGUUUUAAGUUUAAAAAUCUGUUACUUGGCUCUGCUUGUGAUUCUGGACAAGAUGUGGUUAUAACACGGGACUUGAGUCAUUGUAAUGCCUUUGUGCGCACUGAUGAUACUUAUGUUGUUAGAGGUCACUGCAUUGGAUGCUGCAUUGGGCGCAUCAUGUCCAUCUGGAUGUCUUCUAUCGAAGCAAUCAUAAUCGAUUUCAUCGGGUACUCUCUCAAUUACUUCUUUAUUGGUUACCAUCCUAUGAGCACCUGGACAGGUGUCAAGCAGUACUCUCUUUCAUGUGGUCAUGUUUUUUGUUCCUUUUGUGAUAACCAACAAAAUGUUCACAGUUGAUACCCACAAAUAUUCACAGACAAUACAACCUGUUGGUUGCCUUCGUGUCCCUGCUUUCUGUUGCAGCCUAGCUCAAAAUCGUGGUCAGUUGUUUUUUUGGCAAAACUUUGUUUGGCCGUAGCAGUUGACUCUUGGAACCAGAGCUCGUUAUGCAGUGGAAAAAAAAAUUGCCGCAGCAUUAGCAUAUCAGGCUCAAUUUCUUAUAAAGCACCCAUGUUCUUUUGUGCUGGCAGUAAGUAAAGAUCGAGGGGCUGAAAAAACUGUUCUGCAGUGUAGUGGAGAACGUGUCACAUGUUUGUCAGCUCGGCAUUUUCACAGCUUUUGGCAGAGGGAGGUGUCCGAAAAGCAAACGGACAUUUUUGACUCCGCCUACUGCGUAUGGCUAGUUCAAAGGCUUGAUGCAUUUCUCUGAAAUGAGCAGUAGCCACUGGAAAUAGCAUUGCCUAUGUCUCAGUGGUCUGUCAGUUUUCAUACAGUGUGGCCAAUUCAUGAACGGCUGUUUGUGAAAUGCCUUACAGGGAGGUUUUGAUUUAGAUUUUAACAACUAGGUCGUGCACUGUUCAAAAGGUUAACAGAGUGUCUUUAUCUGUCUCCUCCAUGUCGUAACACAGCAAGCACGGUUGCAUUCUUUUCGCUGCAUUCACUUCCAUUAUAACGCUGCCUCUCGGAGCAGAGUUCCGGUCAGAAUCAGCUCUUAAGAAUGCAGCAUUCUUGUCAGAAGUGAUUUGUAAGAGAAAUACAUUGUCUGCAUUGUAUAUGUUGGGUGAAGCAUGCUCCUUCGAGAUGGCAGUAACAUUGGCUUCCAACCCAAGAAUUGGUGUCAUCAACCAAGGCAGUCUUCCCAUACGACACUUUUUUAGAGAAAUCUGAUGUUGAUUCUCUUCAAUGAGAUGGCCUUGAUGUCCUCAGCACCUAGAUAAAGCAGCCAAUCUCUCAAAGUUCAUUUCCUGCACCAUGUCAUCUCAUUCAUUAGGCACACGUCUUUACAAGCCUUGUGGGCAGUGGUUCACCUAGCCUUUCGUGUGCUGUGCUAAUCACAUUGCCGUCUUGUGAUGCAUGUCUUUCGAGCAUGUCACUUGGCUUUGUGCUUUUGCUUAUUCAGUGUUGUGGAGAAGGUGCUGGCUUUUAAUCUUCGAGGAUCAGGUUCCGUGAUCUACACUUUUUCUUCAAAUGAAACAGAGGGUAGGUUCUUCUUCUUAGGGACAGGUGGUUUCCUUCCCAGACAUCAGUGAGGCGAUACACCUCGGCUGUGAGGCGGCUGUGGUGCUUUGUAAUCGACCACGUGGACUUGCAUGUGACAAUCUUUGUCGUUCGCAGCGACUUCGCAGCCAAAUUUGUCACAGGGUUCUACCAUCACGUUGCUGUCACUUGAUAGUGGUGUCGUCACAUGGUGCUUCAUAAUGUGUGACUUAGGCUCCUGAAUCCUUGGUCCCCUGUUCCUAUUGCCUUUGCUGAGGAACUUUAUAUAAAGUGCUAUCAUUUCUUGAGGAAGCUCUGGACAAAGCAGUGUCGUUAGGGUUGUUGCGUAGAAGCUUAUCAGCUGCUGCAGAAAUGUGAUCGCGAAGACUAUAUUGUUACACAGAUAAUUUUGAUAAAUUGCAUUCUGCUGGACCCUGAUGGGAUAAAACAAACGUUGUUGCGGAGAUGACGAAGCGGCACUUGUAGUUCUGGGAUUCAACUGCACUAGUAGCACACCAGCUUCACUAAUAAUAAUAUAGCACAUUCUCAAAUAAGCUGUUUCAAAGUAUACUAAGUUAAUAUAUACCUGUACAUAGAAAAGCACAUUGCUGAUUUUUGACAACUUGUCUUUUGCUAUUGGACACUGUGUGGUGUUUCUGAACUGACAGCAUGACAGGAUUGAAUUUUCUCACAGUCCCGCCAAGGACAGCGAGCGUCAAGCGUCACUGAGGUCAAGGUUCAGUUCUCGCCCGUGGUUUAUGCUGGACCAGCAACUUCUGUGUUAUUUGGGGAAAUUAAAUGCAGUCGAUUUGGGGCUUAGCAGAACUCAUUCUUUCAUUUCCUUUCCCACCAUCUUGUGUGAUGUUGGCAAUGGUUUCGGCUUGUACGCUUUAUUUUGGGCGCCUUUGGCGAGUGACCAUAUAGCGGUGUGAAACCACGCUUUUGAGUUAUUACUCGUCGCACAUUUUCACAGAUAAGGAUAACAGCUGUGCUGGUGUGAUGCCCUUAUCAGGUCUAGAGAUAACAGUGAAAGUGCAAUUUAAAUGUGGAACUUCUAGGUCAAUGCACUGCUAUGCAUCGUGUUAUUAGGACACCCAAUGUGACACAGCAGUUGCCUCUGAAUUGCUUUUGUAAAAUUUUGUUUUCGUUGACAUUGUCUGACCUUAAAACCAGCACGACUGUUGUUGAACGUGAAAACACGCUCGUCCAUUUUAAGGUUUCCAUGACGAGGGCAGGGAUGACUAAGCUUACUAUUUCUGUAAAUAUUACAAUGGAGCUCUGAACCCUCAAUUGCAUGUUUCACCAUACUGGAAACUGCACCCUAUGCUGUAAAUAUCCCUCUAGUAACAGGGGCGUUCGAGCUUGUGGUCUGGACUGAUUCCAGCCUCGAGCUUUAAGCCUUUGCCUGUACAUUUCACUUUGCACUUGUCUUGUACCGAGGCUUGCACUUCUGUAAAUAACUCUAAAGGUCAAGCUUGUUACCUAUGCACAUCGCAAGCUGGAAUCGUGAGUUCUUUUGCUAUAUGCAUGUUUAGCUGCCUGCUUUAAUUGUCACUGCAGAAGAAAUUCUCUGUGUACUUUACCCUGUGGGCUGCAAUUCAGAGGCUCAAUACUGAGACUUAUUUGAAUUUGUUGCUCUGAAAAAGGCUUCGACCGAGAUUGGAACUGGUCGCUUUACUAAGGCAUUUUGUCAGAGAGCAUUUCUUUCAGGUAAUGUUGCUACGUUUCGGAAAGAAGUAGCCGGAUAUUUUAAUAACGUAUUCCUUUUGAACAUUUUCUUUCUUAGGCUGCAAUUAGGCUUUUUUUGCCCACAAAAUAACAUAGCUAUCACCAGGAACUACUGUGUUUCUUGUUCUUCAUGUUCAUACGAGCAAUGAAGUCAAUUGUCCUAGUGUCGUCUUUAAUUUCAUUCUCACUCUUGCGAGUGAUCGCUGCACUGCGAGGUUAGAUAGGCAAAGGCCUUGUGCAGUGCUCUGCAUUCAUACAUUUCUUAUCCUUUAAUAAAUGUUUCAUACGUGCAAUAACACACUCUUAACUGUUGAUACUAAUGAAAUAAGCAUGAUUUCUUUCUGUAAUUCAGAACCAGUUGCACUACAUUUAUGUGCGGGGAGUAGAAAAGCUUGCCAGCUAUGUUUUCUUUUUGUUGAGUCGUUCUGUGUAACCUAAUUUGCCUGCUUGCUGUAUUUGGAAAGCUUGUGACGCUCUUUCAUAAAGUGUAAAAUAUUGGAUGUAAACUAGCUGCAAUUGAUUUUCAUAGAAAGUGUUAUGUGCAUGCAUGUUAGGCUUAACAAAUUUUGUUGAACGUUGGCAGUGGUGGUAAUGUGAGACUAAAAACACAUUCACCAAUGCAUUUUUUUAGGUUCUAAUUUUUGUGUGGCAUGACCUGCUAGAGGGUCAUUUGCAUCAUUUUUAAGUCUAGGGAGAAAGCGUCACUGCAUUCAUUAUUGAAAGAAGGAAGUGUUUAUUGUGUGUUGGCUUUUCUUGGAGGCAUUGCUUUUGCACUGCAGGAAAAAAAAAAAACCUGUGUUUUCACAGCUGCAUUUGAGGAAUAACCAUUAAGACUGACAUUGUAGCUAAUGUGUUAAGCUUUGAGAAGUCUGUCUGGAGUUGGUUUUGACAUGUGACGGAAAGCAGUCGUUGAAGCAAGCAGUUGCCACGCCGCGUUUUUAAGGCAAAGCAAUUUGUGUAAAUGCAGCCAGGAAGUGUCUGAUGUUUUGUGUAACGGGAAAAAAUGUAGAACUUGAAACAGUGCGAAGAAAAUGCGUUGCUUUUCUUUUCUAUGUUGCAGGGCAGUGUUCAUUGCUUUGCGAAUGCCUCUGCACAUUGAUCUCAUGUGAACAUGUGUCCUCGGCAAGCUUUAGCGGGCGUCAUUUGCCAGAUACCAUAUGUAAAGGGGGGGGGGGGGGGGCUUCACUGUUGCUGCUGCUUGUCGCAGCGUUGCGCACAGCAUGUAAAUUUGCACAUGCGUUGUCACUAGUGUACUAUACACUGUGCAUCAUGAUUGACCAGUGCUAUAAAUCACUUAGUGGUCCUUGGAAACCAUUGAGUUUCAAUACGCCAUUUCCAAGGCCUUUGUUGAAGGCAGUACUUCAUUGUCAAGCUCCAGAACAUGAUGCUGCGUUGGGCCCUGACAGUGCGUUGGCUAGGCAUUAGAACUAAAAAAAGCCUUGGAUUCUUUUCUUAAUCGCGAACACUGAUGCGACACCUGAUGCUUAUUAGAUAUGAAUAUGAGGUAGGAAGAAAACAUUGGAGUUUCAUGCAGUUGUAAAUCUAGCGUUUGUUCCUCGGUGUUCUUUGUUUUGUCUGUAUUUACAGACAGUCAAUCAUGAUGCAUUGCUGUAAUGAUCAGCUAACCUAGUUUUCUCGUCUAGUGCGUGAGCCAUAUCAUGCGUUAUUGAAGUUGUUCCGGAGGCUCAUUGCUCUUGACACACCUGAGCGAUUGAACCCGACUAUGAAAUUUAUCAUUCAUUAAAGCUUAUGAGCACGGGCUUAAAGCCAGCUGCGAUUACACGACAUAGGUUAAGUGAAGGGUAUGCUCAUGUUAGCUGUGCGAGAAAGUGCGCAAUGCUUGCGUUGGAGUGAGCAGCGCAAAUGCUGUGUGCAGUAUGCAGAUGUGACCAGGUUGCGGGAAAGGGUGUGCACAACUGCGUGUCCAAUCAUUUUGUGGUUCAAGCGGGAACAUGCUUGGGGUCCUCCCGUCUAAUCGCUGGGUACCCUAGAUGCUUUUGAGCCACCAAGAUGUAUGCAUGUUUUUUUUUUUUUUGUUUUUGUACAGUGUACAAAAUACUGAGUGUAUUGGACCCAGAAACCUGAUACAUUUUGAAGAGUACCUUCAGUGCAGAGCUCUCUCUCUCUCUCUGGUCCCAACAGCUGGAUACUUCAAAUGCUCUCGAGCUCCUUUUUGUGUAGGUGUAAUUUUGUACAGCGCGAAUAAUACUGCAAAUAUGCUGGCACUUUUUUGCACGAGUUUGUCGUGCCAUUGUAUCCCAGACGAGGCCAACUCAACCAACCCGUAUUUUUGGCAUCGUUUGGCAGUUCAAGUAAUGCAUUUGUGUCUAUGAUGUGUGUGCCAAUGUAACCUUGAGUGCCUUGGUUGAGGAAUGGGCUCCUAAUUUGCACUCUCAAGUUUCAGCUUAUGCUGCAGAAGCUAGGAUGACACAUGUGUAACCCAUAGUUUUAUCUGCGUAAGAGAUUAUACUUCUGCACUGAAUAGCUGGACAGCUGUCCCUUGCACAGUUACCAGUGCCUAAGGGUCAGAUAUCUGGCCCAGUAUCUUAAGAAGAAAGGUCUAUGUAGUUUUUAGUAAUUUAUUUUAUUAACCCAUCUUGUAUCUAACCAGUUUCCUUUGAGGCAUGAUCUAUGGCAGUGGAAGGUAACUGUCUUAGCCUUUUGCUUUCGCAAUACCAGGGUUUGUGCCCCUGGUUACAUGUAAUGAAAGCGACUUCAUCACCAAAGUUUUGAGGCGUGUGUACUGCGUUGGUGUAAAACGUUGGUGUCAUUGAUCUGUGUGGCGUUUUAUCAUUUAUGUUAAUCGGGGAUAGGGUUUCUUUUUCGCUUUCUGUAAUCGGCAUGUAGUGUUCUCGUUUUGUGUGGUUGUUGCACUCUUUUUAUUGUGGCCAUGUUGAUGGGAUUUGAAAGCAGUUCGCUCGUUAAGAAAGCAUUAGUCUUGUGUUAAAUGUAUGUUAGCCUUAGUCUUUUAUAACACUCACUGUUUUUAAUGUGCUUGUGGCAUUCAAUGUUCUCAGUCUUGUAGGAUUUUGUAGCUUUGAGGUUGUCGGCUAAAUUGUUGUCUAUCGUUAGUUAUUCUGUGGCUUUUGUUUGCUGUUUGUGCUGUUCUAAAGUAGCUUGAAGGUCAAGGAUGUGGGUGACACCUUUAUGUCAAUUCUAGUUUUCAAAUGCUUCCUGUGCCUAGUGCAUGUUUGCUUUGUGUUGCUUAAUUCUUUAGUGCAGUAAAGGUUUGUCGCUUUGGGCCUGGCAUGUUUCCGCGUAAAGGUCUGCUUCCAUGGAAUGGUCCCGUGCUAAGUCUCGUGCAUCGCCGUUGGCAUGGCAGCAUUCUUUAACCCAUUUUGCUUUUGCCCACUUUUGUCACAGCUAGAAAAGAAGAAAAAAAAUGCCAUGGUACUCAUUUAUUAUGACUGUCAGGCUAAUCUUUUUCCUCUUGGGGUGGCGCUAAAUAUAACCAAGACCAAUAUUAAAUAUUGCGUGGCAGUUUGCUGCGUGGUCUUGCAGGCGCACAGUUUGUUUGAUAGCCCAUAACUCAUUUUCCAUUCAAGGGUUGUGUGGGGUCAUGGAAUGGGUCGGUGCAGUGGAAACUGCCCUUCCAACUUCCAACAGCGUGCGUCUUCCAUCUGUGAAGAGCAAAAGUCUUAAGCAUGAUCAGAAGUCACAAUUCCGCCCUUCACACUUCUGCUCUUCGAGAACAGAAGUUCUACUUCUGUUCUGUGACAGCAGAAGUUGUACUUCUUUGACAGCAGAAGUCGUACUUGUGCUUUGCUCUGUCAUCUUCACAUCUUGUUUGUCCACAAUUGCUCCAUUCAGAAUUUUGUUCCUCUGCAGUUCUGUCACGUGUCUUGUGUGUUCUCAAAUAUGUACCACCAAACUUGCUUAGCCACGUUACUGCAAUGACUAGCGGUAGCUGGGGGCUCUCUGCAUGAGCACAGGCGUCCAUCAUAUGCAGAUGUAAGCAAUGGCAGUGCUACGCAUAACAGACACAUUUUCACGGGCAAUAGAGUGCUCAGCAGGGUGCAUUUUUUGGCCGUUAGCAGUUCAAAAAGUGGCUAGUCUGUAUCGCUGAGUUCUGUAUGUAGCAAAAUGGGUCCCGUUGCCAUGGUGACAUAGCAGCAUGCUUCGUGGCUAACAAAGUGGUAGGCUUUUUCUGUGGCAUCUUUUGACGGCUUCUUUUAGUUUUGCUAAUCUCUGUGUUGGUGUGUCAAGGGGACAGUUCUGUAUUGUCUUUAUGAAAGCUAUUUGUGAAUAUUCUUUUUUCACUCUCUCUAGUUUUUUUUUUCUUGUUCAAAAUAAGGCACUGAGCAGUGCUAGACAAGCAGCUUUAUUUAAGCACUUGGGCACUACUGCCAGCCUCAAUAUUUAUAGGUUGUUAGUAUUUCUAAUUUGAAACCUCACAAUUUGCUGGGCAAUCUGCACUAAUGAUUAUGAAGUGCGAACAUGCCUAGCAUAUUGCAGGGGUUUUUAUUGUUGAAUUUUUGCUUGUUUCUUUUUCUGCGAGAAAUUUACUACUGCAGGGGUAUCAUUGAAUUUUUUUGUUUUCAAUUUCCCUGCAGGAAUUCACUCAGAAAAACAUUUUUUGUUGUUAGGUUAACCACACUAGUAGGUUUAAAAAAAGGUGUUGCUUUUUUAUUUAUGGCGUUUUCACUUUAGUUAGUGUUAUUUUUGUAGCGAAUAAUUGUAUAUCUGUACAUAGGUUUUUUUUUUCAUUUUUAGCGUGAAUGGCCCUUAUCGUUGAUACCAAGUGUGCGAAGAAAAAAAAAAUCGGCUAGAAAUGGCUAGGUGUGGCAGAUGCUUAAAUAAGACUGCUUGUUCAGGACAAAGCGUGUGUCUCUCAAUUGUUGUUUUUCAUUUCAUUGCUUCCCAUCCUGAUAAUAAUCACAGGGAACAUGCGUCAUGACAUUAUCUAGCAUUGAUGCAUCCGCUUCACAAAAUAUGGCAAUGGCACUCUUAACAUUGCCAGAAUGCAUACUUACCACGUGUGCUUUAUAUGGUAACACAAUGUAUGUUGGCCCCAACUACAGUGCUCACAUUGCCCAGCGUGAAGUAGAUGCACCUAUGCUGGAUGCUAUUGCAUCGAAAAUAUGUUGUAAAUGCAGCCCUUCUGGUUACUGCUUUACAGAUUCUUGCUAGUUAUGGUUGUAGACCGGGAAAUGCGAAAUAUUUGUACGAGGAGCGAAUUGCUCCGGAGCUCUGUGAUACUUGUAUCUUGGACUUAAGUUCAACAGCCAGCAUCCUUGUGGUCCUUGCAGUUGCGAGCUGCCGAAUACUGGUGUUGACUCAUUUUGGCAUGCGUCAAUUUCAUCCCUCCUUGCUCCCUUUCCCCAUUUCUUAUCCUCGUCCCCAGGUGCCGAGGAUGGUGCCUCUCGCACGCCAACCUCUCCACCCUUCCCAAGUUCUUUUUCCUGUAAUAUUUGUGGAAAUUCAUGUGUGGUGGUGCCCACAAGAGAAGAAUAAAGGGAAAAUAUGAAAAGCG